AUGUUGUCUCUCGCUCAAGCUACGGCCAUACUCGCCUUUACUGGCGCAGCUGUUGCUAGUCCUGCCCCAGGAGCAGACGGUACUACCUUUUCGCUUAGUCCAAUACCUGGAUCCGGAUCUCCAAAGCAUGGACUGAAUGAGUUAAUCGCUCUCAGACGUAGAGCCGGAGUUGAAGUACACCCAAAGCUCAUUGAGGUUGCGGAGAGUGCCGGGCGUCGUCUACACAAAGCCCGUUCGGCUGCUCGCAGCACUGGUCGAAAAGUUACUGGGUCUUCAUGGGGAUGGAGUGAGGACAAAUGGGAUACUGAAUACCUUUAUCCAGUUCAGAUUGGUGGUAAGAACGGCAAGACGUUUCGUGCCAAUAUUGGUACUGCUGCCGCAGAUUUUUGGUGCCAUUCUUCCGCACAGCCUCCUGAACAAAACAUUGGGUACACCUACUACGAAAUCAACCCCGCUCACCAGAAGGUCGGCUCUAACUAUUCGGUUGGAUACAACGGCGCUGAAAUAGCAGAUUCUUACGGCAAUGCGUAUGUCGAAGAUGUCACGAUCGGCAGUAUUACCACCAAGCAAACCAUUGGCGCAGCCAGUGGCAUAUCACAAACAUUCCUAUCAGACAAGAAUAUGGACUGCCUCAUCGGUCUCGGCAACAGCACUUACAACAGCAUCGGUCCUGAAUACGAGAACAAUUUCUUCGACAACAUCAAGAGCCAGCUUGCCAAGCCUGUGUUUGCCUAUGCCGAGAAGAAGGGCGGAGCCGUUUUCGACUUUGGAUUCUUUGACCCAAACCAGUAUACUGGCAAGAUUGCCUGGACCGACAACUCACCCGAGGAAGAUUGGCCUGCAUACGCCUUCUACGGCGAUGGCUUCAGUCUUUUCGACCCCCAGGCCAAGGUCACCCCGAGGAAGAUGUAUAUCCACCUCGAUGCCUCCACUACCCUUUCCUACACCGACCCCGAUAUCGUCACCGCGUGGUACAAAGCCGUCCCCGGCUCAAAGUACGAUGAUGACCAACAGAUGCACAGUAUCCCUUGUGACAGCAAGCCCGGCGGCUUCACCGUCGUCAUUGCCGGUCAAAAGUUCUUCACUCCUGGUUCGCAACUCGUUUCCAUCCCCCUUGACAAUGAGGGCAAGAUGUGCCUCGGUGGUCUGCAGAACAUUGGUGGUGGCGUCGAUUUCAGUCUCUUCGGCACCACGUGGCUAAAGAACAAGUACAUCAUGCACAACUUUGCCAAUCCUAAUGCUGUUAAAAUUGGGUUUGCCAUGCAGCCCGGUGCUACCCACUAA